AUCACAAAUGAGAUUAAAGUGACGAGGAAAAAUGUUAUAGGUUAACAUUGGAUUAAAGUUCAGCUGACACCUUUUUGAUAUGUGACAUAUAAAUGAGAUAAAAGUUCCACACACAAUAUGUCAGACAAUCCAGAAAAGUGUGCAAAUUAUCUAAGGAUCGUGAGAUUUACCGUAGAUGUCGGAACAGAUGCUGUUAGGGAUUUGCUGUACUACUCUAAGGCUAGAGAUAAUAUUGCUUCUUUUUUCGCUCAAAGGACAAUUUCAGACGAGCUUCUACAAUUGAAAAGAAAACAUAUAAUUACAAAAGAACAAUACGAGAGGAUUAUUUCUUGUGAAAAUGUUGACAACUUUGAUCUAUCUCUACUUAUUACCCUGUUGACAAACAUUUUUGCUGUGACGAUAGGUCGUCCAGCAUGUGGCUGGGAUAACCCCGCUGACGAAAAUAAUACAUCCAUAGCAGCUGACCUUUUGCGUCUAAAGGAUAUAAGAAAUACUAUAAUUGGACAUAAAUCGAGUGCACAAAUAAGUUCGGAGGAAUACAAAAGCCUUUGGAAAGAUCUUGAGAAUAUUUUCAUACGAAUAAAGAUGGUUGUUUGUGGUAGUGGUGAAAGUGAAAAAAGCAUCAGAACAAAAUUAGAAGUGUAUAUAUCUAAAGCAUUGGAGCCAACAGAUGAGAUUGAAGAGAGAUAUGCGAAUUUGAUCCAGCGCUGGCAUGAUGAAUUUACCACUCUACAAAACGAGGUUGAACGCUUGUGUGAAAGAACAACAGGUAAGCACAGAUAUUGUACCAUUCACUUUUAAAUACAUUUAUGAAUAAUUGUUAUUAUACCUAAUAGGAGAUUUCUCGUUUGUCAUUAAUGUUUCAGUAAGUUCUCUUUGAACUUAGAAGUUUGCUUUAAAAAUGUUACUCUAUAGCUUGACUAUCAGAGGAAUUAGGGGGGGGGGGAUAUAGUAAUCACUCAGGUGUUGGUGUCAGCACCACACACACUGAGGUUAUGAUUUUGCAUGCAACUUUAUACAUGUGUAUCUCCAAACAUGAAUUAGCAUCUUCAACUAAAUUCUCUUCUUCUUUUUGGUAAUCAACCAUUGAAAACAUUUAUUUUUUACAAAAUUGAUUAUAGAACAUAGGUUAUUAACAUGACACAACAUAUAAUACCAAAUAACUAAUAGAAAUACUAGUCAAAGUCAAAUUCAAAAAUGUUCGGUUUAAAACUUUCAUGCCUGAUAAGCAAAACAAGGACCUGUAUGAUGUGUUUUUUUUUUAAA